AUGAUGGAAGAAAAUGGCACAGAAUCAACUCAGCACUCAAUAAUGCCGCAACGUAAAAAGCUUCCACGCACGUUUUCGGAGGUGGAAUUGUUUCCAUACUUUCCGAUUAUAGUGGAAUCUAUCGACCCCAGAAAUACAAGCAAUGACAUCAUGAAGCAAGUUAAGGAUGGGAUCGAUGUAGUCGAAUUAGGUAUUGGCAUCAACCAUAUUAAGAAAGCCAGGAACCAGAAGGUUCUAAUCGGUUGCGAGUCUGAAGAAGAUAGAAAUAUUCUUCAAGACCGACUUAAGCACACAACUGACAACUUAAAAGUGUACAGACCAGCCACUAGAAACCCACUUUUACGUCUUACAGGAGUUGUCUUCGACUUGUCAAAUGGUAAGAUCGAAGAAGCUAUAAUAAAACAGAACACCACACUUCUAAGCGAUAUUACGGCAGCAGCUACAAGCUCCACGUGUAAUAUUAUCUUGGAAAUUGAAGACGAUGUGUGCAAAAUUUCGACCUAUGCAAGUAUCCUAAAUGAAGAUCAUAUCAUAUUUGGAGGAGACAUCAAUGCGAAGAGCCCCUGGUGGGGUUGCAAUGUGGAGGAUGGAGCCCCAUCCAGCGAAGCGGAUUAA